UAAGAUGCAUUAAUUUGGACGUUUGUCAUCUAAAAAAUCCAUGUAUAAUAAUCCCCUGGACCUUCCAACAUUCAGAUGCCAUAUUUUUCAAUCUGAAACCACAACUCCGACUAUUAUCUUUGAUAAAAUAGAGAUUAAUCACUUUUUUUAGAUUAGAUUGAAUUUUUUUGGAUUCUGGGGUGAAAUAACGGAUUCAGGUUUCAUCAUUGGAUUGAAAAAGUUUCUUUUUUUUGUCAGUAUGCAAAAACUUUAUAAAAAAAGGUAUUAUGAAAUUACCAAAGAGAUGACGUAUGUGCAAGAGUACGUGGAAUAGUAAUUUUUGUAUUAAGUGCGCGAAAUGAGUGUUUUUUUAAUGGCGCCUGAGAAUGUUAUUUUAGUCGAGACCGCCAGGUCGAGACCUAAAAGACAUUCGAAGGCGCCAUUAAAACAUGAAUUUCGCCACGAAAUACAAACAACGUUUUUUCUACAGCCUCCAGAUGAAGAAAAAAGUAACAGAAAUUAGUUGGAACAAAAUGGUCUGAUAAAUCGAGUUGCUUGCAUGGUUACGAUGAUAAAUAAAAGUGAUAGUUGCGAAAAAUUUGUCACAAUAGGUAUUUUUGUUGAAGAAGUGUGAUGGAUUUUAGCAGCGAAAACGAAAUAGAUGCAAUUGCAAGCGCGGCAGUGUCGAAUCUUUUGCCUGCUAAAUCAAGACCGCAGUACGAAAAAACGUAUCUUCAGUUUCGGCAGUGGUGUUCUAUGAAAAAGAUUGAUCAAGUAACGGAAAAUGUUUUGUUGGCGUAUUUGGAAGAAAAGUCUACCACCUUAAAGCCACCAACACUCUGGGCCCUUUAUGCGAUGUUGAAAGCCACCUUAAACGUUAAAGAGAAUAUCGAUACACGUUACAGAAGCAAGAAGUCGCAAAUUUUAGACAAAGAAGACAUUAGCAAGUUUAUUAAUGAAGCAGAUGACAAGAUAUAUUUACUGAUGAAGACUGUGCUAAUUUUGGGUAUAUCGGGAGCCCUUCGACGUGAAGAAUUAGUUAAAAUGAAGCUAACUGACAUAGAAGAUAAACAGUCUGUCUUAAUUGUGAAGGUGCCUGAUACAAAAACCCACUGCGAACGAAUAUUUACUGUUUCAAAUUUAGAAAAUAUAGAAAUUGUCAGAAAAUAUAGAGCUUUGCGGCCUCCACGGGCGACUAGUGACCGUUUAUUUUUAAAGUAUACCAACGGAAAAUGUGUGAAUCAAAAUGUUGGAAUUAACAAAAUCGGAGAGAUACCAAGUUUGAUUGCAAAGUGGCUUAACAAAGACGAACCUAAAAAAUAUACUGGUCACUGCUUCAGAAGAAGCUCUGCCACUCUUUUGGCGAAUGCUGGAGGUGAUCUAAUUUCAAUUAAACGUCAUGGGGGCUGGAGAAGCAGCACAGUGGCAGAAAGUUACAUCGAGGACUCUUUGAAUAAUAAAAUUGAAAUUGCCAAUAAAAUUCAACCUUCUUCCUCCACAGAAGAAAACAAAAUCACUCAACCUUCUACAUCGGCUUCUUUUAAUGGCGAAAAUAACUUUCAUUUACAAGCGUCUUCACUCAGGCCUCUGGGGAUAAACGGGGGCACGUUUUCGUCAUGCACAUUUAAUUUUCAUAUGUCAAAGUAA